AUGCAUCUUCUCUGGGGUGCAUUGGCGGCCUCCGCCUCACUCCCAUUCUCGCAAGCCGCAGUCAAGAACCACACUGGCAAUGGCUUCCCCAACGGCCGAGCUGCCGUGCCGUUUCCCAAUGUCGUCUACCCUGGUGCCAGCGUUCCCUAUGCUGUAGCCGGCGCAAAGACCAACCAGACUUCCCCACCCAGCUAUCCCAGCCCAUGGGGCACGGGUCUCGGCGAUUGGGCGGAGGCGUACGAAAAGGCCAUUGCUUUCGUUUCCCAGCUUACUCUCACCGAAAAGGUCAACCUGACUACCGGCGUGGGCUGGGAGGGCGACAAGUGCGUGGGCAACAACGGCGCCAUUCCCCGUCUUGCCUUCAACUCCAUGUGCAUGGAAGAUUCUCCGCUGGGUGUGCGUGAUACCGACUUCAACUCUGCCUUUUCGGCUGGUGUGACGACCGCUGCUACAUGGGACCGUCAGCUGAUCUAUCAACGCGGCUUCGACAUGGGCUCGGAGCAUCGAGACAAGGGCGUCGAUGUCCAGCUCGGACCGGUGGUGGGCCCACUGGGCCGCGCUCCUGAAGGCGGCCGGAACUGGGAGGGCUUCUCCGACGAUCCCUAUCUUGCUGGUCAGGCCGUCAUGGCCACCGUCCAAGGCAUGCAGGAUGCAGGUAUCAUGGCGUGCACGAAGCAUUUCAUCGGUAAUGAGCAAGAGCAUUUCCGCGAGCCGGGUGAAUUCGACGGCGUCGAGCUCCCGGGAUACAGCUCCAACGUUGACGACCGCACCAUGCACGAGAUGUACCUGUGGCCUUUUGCCGACGCUAUCCGCGCGGGAACUGCGUCCAUCAUGUGCUCCUACAACCAAAUCAACAACUCCUAUGCUUGCCAGAACUCAUACACACUGAACCAUCUGCUGAAGAAUGAAUUGGGCUUUCAAGGUUUCGUCAUGAGUGAUUGGAGUGCCCAGCACUCAGGUGUCAGCUCCGCCCUCGCAGGUCUUGACAUGACCAUGCCCGGUGAUGAGUCUUUCGACUCCGGAACCGCAUACUGGGGAGCAAACCUGACCAUUGCCGUCUUGAACGGCACCGUUCCGCAAUGGAGGCUGGACGACAUGUGCGUUCGCAUCAUGGCCGGCUACUACUACGUCGAUCGUCCCAACAACAUGGUCCCUGAUGCACCUAACUUCUCCGCAUGGACUACCGAUACCUAUGGUCCUUACCAUUGGUACGCGAACAAGGAUGUGACCCAGAUCAAUUACCACGUUGACGUCCAGGGAAACCAUGCCCAGGGCAUCCGAGCCCUCGCGGCUGCAGGCACCGUCUUGCUGAAGAACAACGGUGCUCUCCCUCUGACCGGCAACGAGCGACUGACCACUGUCUUCGGAGAGGACGCCGGCGAGAACGGGUGGGGACCAAACGGUUGCGGCGAUCGCGGCUGCGACAAUGGUACCCUGGCCAUGGGCUGGGGUUCCGGAACCGCCAACUUCCCCUACCUCAUCACCCCGCAAGAAGCCAUCAAGGCUGAGGUGCGUGCGAACAACGGAAACUUUGAAAGUGUCACCUCCUCCGCCGCAUUCAACCAGAUGCAGGCAUUGGCGAACCGCGUUGGCCAGCCGGGCGUCGGCGGAGCUUGCAUUGUGUUUGCGAACUCGGAUUCGGGUGAAGGCUACAUCACUGUCGACCACAACGAGGGUGAUCGUAACAACCUCACGCUGUGGAAUGCUGGAAACCAUUUGAUCAAGACGGUGGCAGACUACUGCAACAACACGAUCGUGGUCAUGCAUACCGUCGGGCCGGUGCUCGUGGAUUCCUUCUACGACCACCCGAACGUCACCGCCAUCCUCUGGGCUGGCCUUCCCGGUCAAGAGUCAGGCAACUCAAUCACCGACAUCCUCUACGGCAAGGUGAACCCGGGCGGCAAGACGCCCUUCACCUGGGGCAAGACGCGGGCCUCCUACGGCACCGACCUGCUCUACAUGCCAAACGAGGGUGAUGCCGCGCCGCAGCUCGACUUUGACGCCGGCAUCUUCACCGACUACCGCGGCUUCGAUCGCCGCAACGAGACGCCCAUCUACGAGUUUGGCUUCGGUCUCUCCUACACCACCUUCUCGUACUCCAACCUGCAGGUCCAAUCGCAUGGCAUUACGCCGUACGUUCCCACCACUGGCAACACCCCGGCCGCACCCACGUACGGCACCGUCAGCAAUGACACCUCCGACUACCUCGUGCCUGAAGGCUUCGACCGCGUUCCCGUGUACAUCUAUCCCUUCCUCAACUCCACGAGCCUCAACGCCAGCAGCGGCGAUCCGAUGUACGGCAUCGACUACACCUUCCCCGCCGGCGGCUACGACAGCAGCGCCCAGCCCUACCUCGGCGCCGGCAGCAACGUCGCCCCGGGCGGCAAUCAGCAGCUCUACGAUGUCAUCUUCACCGUCACCGCCGACAUCACCAACACCGGCAGCGUCGUGGGCGACGAGGUGGCGCAGCUGUACAUCAGCUUGGGCGGGCCGUCGGACUACAAUGCCAAGGUGGUGCUGCGCGGGUUUGACAGAAUCACCAUCUCCCCUGGCGCGACCGUCACCUUUUCCGCCGACAUUACCCGGCGUGACUUGAGCAAUUGGGACAUUGACACUCAGAACUGGGUCAUCAACGAUUAUCCCAAGACCGUCUACGUCGGCACCUCCUCGCGCAAGCUCUACCUUAGCUCGCCCCUCGACACCUCCUCCUCGGGCUCCAGCAACACCACCUCGAGCUCGAUGAUGUCCAGCGCGUCAUCGUACAGCACCUCGACCGUCUGGAGCGCCCCCGUCUCAAGCGCUUCGACUGAGAGCGCUGCGUCCACCGAGUCAGCACCGUGGACCGCGUCGACGCCAGAGACCACGCCGUGGGCCGCAUCAACUGAGAGCGCCCCGACGUGGAGUGCUUGGAGCGCUGCGUCGUCGGGUUGGUAG